UAGCGUUUUUGAUCCUUAAAAUGAGUUUAUUCAGUGCUGUUGAUAAAAUGCUUUUUAUACCAGAAAAUAGUUUAUCUAAAAUAUCGAAUCAAUCUCAAAGAUUUAUCUUAAUCAACUUUAAUCUUAUUUUCUAGCUGGCUAUAGCAUGAAGCGAAAAACAAGGUGUGAACAGAAUGUGCAUUACGUGGUUUGUGCUGAAAUGCAACAAAAGUGAGAAUAUUUAAGGAUUAUCAAUACAGAUCUGCAUUUCAAACACUGUAACAAAGGGGAAAAGAAAGAAAGGAAAUAAACCCUAAAGAUAAUGGAAAUUGGCUAUAAGCACUUGAAUCGCGAUGCCAAUAAUCAAUAAGGCGGCAGUGCAACUGUGGUUGGUCGCUGUCCAUGGUGCUGAAAGAAAACCAGCUCUAGCAAGGCUUUGAGAUCAAAACCCUUUAUUUUUCUCUCGCAACAUUUAAUCUGUGAUACGUCUACGUGACUAAUUUGGAAGGCAAUUGAGAAGAGGGAGGCCCUGCGCCAGGAUAUUCAUCACGGGGGCGCGCAGACAAACACGCAUGGCGCUCUGAGCUGCCGCAGCUGUUUUGGUUCACGAGCUUAAAUCGGUUUUGACAAAGUCGAUUUUGUCAGAAGCUGCGCCGACUGGGUUAUUAUCUCAGAAAUCACAGUCCAUAAGUUAAAAAAAAAAAAACCAAAACAUAGUUUUGUCCGAAUCUAUUCGAUUAUUAUUUCUAAUUUCAGUGAACAAUUUUGUUUUAAGUAUAUAUUUGUUUAUUAUUUAAGUAUAUAUGUUUUGGUAUAAUGCCCCAGUCGAUGCAGUUCCUCACAAAAUAUAUAUAAAAUGAACAUAAAAAAAAUGUCACGUAGGCCUACAGCAUUUCUCCUUUUAUCGUCUCGGACAUCCUUAUUUGUCAUUGACCCAUGUAUAGAGAGCUGCAACAUAGAUAAUCUCAUUUUGAGCUUGCUGAUUGUGUUUGUCACAGUAAGAGACCUUCGCAUGACUCGAAUCCGUUCGCUCUUACAGGUCUGAUCUUCCCUCACCUCUGAAAACUGUCUCCAUCUAGCGGCUUCCCCCACUGCACAUAUAACAGCGCUGAAUGUGUGAAUCGAUAACCUGAGACGUAAAAAUAUCCGCAGCGCUUUCCUCCCAGUCUCUGAGCACGUCAUUCAACACUUCACUGAGUUCCAGCGAAACUCUAUUUAAUAAUAUUUCAAAGAAAGCCACUGAAUAAAUUUACACAAUGCGCUCUAUAGGAUGUUCGUUUUUCCUUUUAUAAGAGAGACAAAUACUAAGCAUUUAAACGUAACACUACUCAUGGUACAUUAUGCACCAUUCACACAGGCUGUGUUACAUUCAUAUGUGUUAACCGAUGCCCGUAGCACGUGACACGCCUCCAAUGCGCCGUGAGCAGAAGCAACUUGGGCUCCACCGCAGACUCACAGAUCUUCGUCGGUAGCGGAUGAAGCAACUUCCAGCGAAUCAUUUGUUGCGGGUUCACUUUUUGUUCGGGUUACAGGCAGACCUUGCGAAACAGUUCUCGGGUCAUUGGAUUAUAUUUAACAGAAGCGGAUAGGAAAGUGACAUUCUCUGCUUUUGAAACACAGAGCGCGCACUCGCCAGGGUGGUCUUCUCUUCCUAUGAAAGGACCACUGUGGCAGGUUUCUCCAGUGUGAAACACAAAAGCUUUAGCCGGUAAAAAGGAUGUCCUUGGACUACGCAAAUCCUCUACCUGACUUCUAAACUUGUUGCAUUUGCUCUAGAACACCUCCGAGAGCGCAUUUCGGAUACUUAUUUAUGUGUAACGGCGGAACAGCGAUUCAAAGUGGACUAUAACUGAUGAUCUGUGUGUAAAAAACUGCACUUUUGCAUCAAAAUCCAUUUAUGAGGAGAUGUCCUUUCUGUUCGUGCCGGAUCUGUGAGCGCAAAGCCUGCUUCAGUCUCACCGGGUCGCGCACAUUGGGUCAGCAUGGCAGCCGGAGUCGCCGCGUGGCUACCGUUCGCGCGCGCCGCGGCCAUAGGAUGGAUGCCCGUGGCGAGCGCACCGAUGCCGCCGCCUCCACGAGAAAAGAGGCGAGGUCAGGACGGCCUGAUCAUCUUGAAUGUCAGCGGCACUAGGUUUCAAACUUGGCGGAAUACUUUGGAGAGGUACCCUGACACCUUACUAGGAAGCACAGAGCGCGACUUCUUCUUCCACGAGGAAAGCAACGAGUACUUUUUCGACCGCGACCCGGACAUCUUCAGGCACAUCCUCAACUUCUACCGAACCGGGAAGCUGCACUACCCUCGCCACGAGUGCAUCUCCGCCUAUGACGAGGAGCUGGCCUUCUUCGGCAUCAUUCCUGAGAUAAUAGGGGACUGCUGUUAUGAGGAGUACAAAGAUCGCAGGAGGGAGAACACGGAGAGGAUUCAAGACGAUGAGGAGAACGACAACAGCAAAGAUAUGGUGCCGCCGGAUAUGUCGUUCCGCGAGUCCAUGUGGCGCGCGUUUGAGAACCCGCACACGAGCACCAUGGCGCUGGUGUUCUAUUACGUCACGGGCUUUUUCAUCGCCGUCUCCGUUAUGGCCAAUGUGGUGGAGACGGUCCCGUGUGGCAGCGCGCCAAACCGGGCGAAGGAGAUCUCGUGCGGAGAACGCUACGCCCUCGCGUUCUUCUGUUUGGAUACGGCCUGCGUCAUGAUCUUCACUGUUGAGUACCUGCUGCGUCUGGUCGCCGCGCCCAGCAGGUACAAGUUUGUCAAGAGCGUCAUGAGCAUCAUCGACGUGGUGGCCAUCAUGCCUUACUACAUAGGCCUGGUCAUGACGGACAACGAGGACGUAAGCGGGGCCUUCGUCACCCUCAGGGUCUUCAGGGUCUUUCGGAUUUUCAAAUUUUCGCGGCACUCCGCGGGACUGCGCAUCCUGGGGUACACGCUCAAGAGCUGCGCGUCCGAGCUGGGCUUCCUGCUCUUCUCGCUCACCAUGGCCAUCAUCAUCUUUGCUACCGUUAUGUUCUACGCAGAGAAGGGCUCCUCCGCCAGCAAGUUCACCAGCAUACCGGCGGCUUUCUGGUACACCAUCGUCACCAUGACAACGCUGGGAUAUGGAGACAUGGUUCCUAAGACCAUCAUGGGGAAGAUCUUCGGCUCUAUUUGCUCUUUGAGUGGCGUGUUGGUGAUCGCUCUUCCCGUUCCUGUCAUUGUGUCCAAUUUCAGUCGGAUCUACCAUCAGAGUCAACGGGCAGAGAAGCGGCGUGCCCAAAAGAAAACCAGGCUUGCUAGAAUUCGUGCAGCGAAGAGCGGUGGUGCUAACGCUUAUUUGCAGUACAAACGCAAUGGGAUGCUGGCAGACGUGGAGGAGGCAUCAAAAGAGGCGGGCCAAGCUUUGGUAUGUAAGACCAACCCAACUUUUGAGACCCAGCAUCACCAUCUCCUGCACUGCUUGGAGAAAACCACGAAUCAUGAGUUUGUGGAUGAGCAAACCUAUGAGACGAGCUGUAUGGAGGUUUCUCUUGCGAAGCCGUCCAUGUCGCGUUCCUCUUCGAUGUCUUCAUCUCCACAUGGUCUUUCCUCCUGCUGCACGCGCAGAAACAAGCGCAAGAGCUUCAACGUACCCAAUUCCAACAUGGUCGGCGGCCGCAAAGGCAGCAUACAGGAGCUCAGCACCAUCCAGAUCAGAGAGAGACCGAUGAGCAACAGCCGCUCCAGUCUCAAUGCCAAGUUCGAGGAGACGGUACCCCUGAACUCGGAAGAGCAGUCCUACAUCACUGCCGCUGUCAUCAGCAUGCCCACCCCUCCCGUGACCACGCCCGAGGGCGGAGACUUGGCCAGCUGUCCCGACUUCUUGCAAAGCAACAUUGUCAGAGUGUCAGCAUUAUAGACCAUGACCAUUAUCCGUUUUUGUUUUUGGCGAGUGGACGCUGCAGCGUAAAGGAUUGAUGGAGCCCCCUAGUGUAGUGGAGGAGGCAUUGCAGCAGGAUGGGCCAUAGCUGGACCUUUUUUUUAAUCAGCUCCCAUCCAGAGCUCUCAGUCUCUGUGAGCUCCAUCAGCUACACCUUUUGGCCCAUAUGUCAUGUGACUCACACCGGGGUCCAAUAGGCUUUCACUCAACCCAUAGAGGAAAACAAUAACCAUUGUGGUUGUUACCACUUCUAUGAUUUUUCAGUAUUGUGUGUCUUUGAAUUUGUUGUCUUCAAUUUGAUGGAAUUGCAAGAUAUUUGGGAAGAAUAAGGAGUGUACCAGCAGGGGCGGGAUUUUACAAGCUUUUAGACAGCUCUACACACACUUUUGAUACUAAAAAAAAGUAAAGCUGGGCUCUACUAGAGUGUGCGGUCGGCUGCUUUUGUGUUCGUAUGAUCGAGACCGAUCUCUUGCAUGAUUUGCGUAAGUCUUUGUCUUUUUCCAAUUCGGCAUGAGCAAUAAGGUUUGGCUCUCUCUGUCAGAAUGUGCGUUUUACUUGUCAAUAAUUUGCCUAGUUAUAUAGUAUUGAUCUUUUGAACCCAACGAGUGUGUGAAAACAGCUGUUUUGUUGCUCUCUGAGAGAUUGGCCUGGUGAUAAACAGAGAAAAUCUUCUCUCACACUAUUUGUCCCACCCAUGUUGUGUUCACUCCUUGACUGGCCUGAUGGGAUGUUUGUUAUACUUCUUUUUUCUGUGGAUGGGUACAAAGCAAAGCUAAACGGAAAGGGAAAUGCCUUUGGUGUUUCAAUAGAUUUGACUUUCUCACACUGACAGUGGAGGCUUUUGGACUUGAGCUCAAAUACUAGCCAUUCCGUUUUAUACUCCAAAGUUUGCGAGUUAACUGUGAAAAAAAAAUAAUGUGCUUAUUUAUUAUCUUUGUUAAAAUUAUUGUGCAUGUUGUCGUGGACAUGUGAAACGGGCCAGCCCUGACCAGAGCAUAGCCCGCCCAGAACCUUUUUUUUUUUUUUUUUUCCCUUCUUUGCCUUCCCUUUAAAGUAAUGUACUUUUAUCAGCAAACAUCCUCACUAAGACCUGCUGUUAUUUCUGGAUAAUGCCAUCAAGUUGUGAUUGAUGACAUAUUGAAAAUCAAUCAGCUUCUAAGUGCUGUUUUGGAGAUUAAUUAUUUCAUUAUUGUAAUCACCCAAACCCGCUUAGUGUUGAAUUUAAAAGCGUGAAUCUCACAAAAUCAUGUUCAGGUUUGUUUCGCACCAAAAUCAAAAGAAAAUAAACUAUAUUUUGCAUAAAAUUGUUUUAAAAAUAAUAUAAAAACAUUUUAAUGACAAUUAAGCACACUUUACACAUUCGCAUUACCGUAACAAAGCUGGGCGUUAAAUUUUUUGUAAUUUGCAUUCUCAGUGAUGAUUUUCGUUACUGUAACAGUAUUUUUAAAGGUACUAUAACAAAUGUGAAAUGCUUCAUAAUGAUUAUAAAAAUCCUUCAAAAUGUAAAUGAUAUCAUUGCAGUAAUAAAUUAUAUUUUGCAUUACAGUAAUGACAGUUUUGGGGGUGUAAGGUGCCUAAUUGUCAUUAAAAACAAUGCACAAAAUUGUGCAGAAAUAUAUCUGUGAGAUUUAUCCAAAAUUUAUUAUUAUUGAUUAAAUAGUAUUAAAAAAAUGUGCACCUGAAAUAUGAAUGAUCUCUUCUCUGCCAUUUAAUGUCUGGACUUUAGUCUAUAAUGUUGAUAUUUUUUAUACCGACGUCAAUGCAAUUUGAUGUGGUGAGGAGCUCUUAAUGCACCUUGCUCAAUACACACACAAACAUACUCUUUCUCUCUCUUUCUCUCUCUCUCACACACACACACACACAGCACUGCCCUCCUGCUCAAUGCCUGAACCCAUUCUUGCUUUACCAUGUGACUUAUGCAACAAGAUUCCUUUUGUAAAGAUAUGCUUUGUAUUAAAGGGGUUACUGGGGGAAUAGAAUCUCACAAAUGCAUAUUUUUAAAACUCAGAUGGUGUUGAUUAUAUAUUAUAAAUGUAUUUCAGUUGUAAAAUACAAAAAAAAAAGAAGAAGAAAUCAAGAUGAAAACAGAAAACUAAGAGAGAGUGUUACUAGUGCACCUGUGCUGUAAAUUUGUUCUUCGGUGUAGUGAAAUUUAUCACAGUUUCUUCUUUUCUCCUAAUUUCCAUGGACAGAACAUUUGAUGUCUCACAGUUUACUUUCUGGAUCGGCAACGACAAAGGCAGAACCAUCUGUUUAGGUUUGGAGAUUUUAUUUUUUCCUGUUUGGAGGGCAGAAUUGACGGAGUGCAUGUGCUCACAGACUCACAGAGAACAUGUGUGGGUUUUUUUUCUUCUUCUUCUUCUUUUUUCAGGAUUCACGGGGGACUUUUAAAACAGACUUCCUGUUUGUGAUAUAAUGUACAUUUAAAUGACUACCAGGUGACGAUGGUCCUUUGGAAUUUGUUACAGCUUGUGUUAUGGACAUUAAAAUAUAUGAAUUAUUGAAAAACAAUGAAAAAAAUACAAAUCAGUUGUUUAGUCCGGUGCAGUGUCUAUGAAUAAAUAGAAUUAAUUAAUUGUCCUAUUAAAAUACAUAUAAAAAAAUACAA